UAUUGUCAUCCUAUUUUAUCUGAUCAUUCUAUAAUUUGUAUUUAGGCCAUAUCUGAACUAUCUAUAUGUAGCUAGGAGUGAUGAACUUUACUCUACUUUUGGGGGAUACUUCUAUAGGAAAAGGGCCACAGGACACAUCUGGCAUGCAUUAUCAAUGGGCCCCCAGGAUGUUGAGAUAGAGCCAGUUGGCAUGAAGCCAUUGGUCAGUUAUCGAACCCACCCUAAGUUAUGAAGAAUAGAUAUACCAUGUGUUAACAGCAGAACCUCAGAGUGACUUUUGAGAAUCUGGGAAACUGGUCGCUCUCCGGGCUCUUCAGAGCUUGUAAAUUGAUGCUGAAUUCCUUGUUGUAAAUAAACCUUUAUAAUCAAGAAACAGUGUCGGCAGAUUCAUUUGAGGAUAAAAUCUAACAUUAUUGAUGGAAAGUUUUCCAUUUUUAUCUGAUUCUGCCAUCAUUUUAACAUUUCUUUGAAUAUUUAGUGUUUUUUAUUUAUCAAAGGGGGGAAAUGGAAUGUGAUUCACGUGAUUCAUAUGUGAUUCAUUCAUAUUAUUUUUGAUUAGUUCAUAGUAAUUUUGAUAUUUUAUUUGAUGUUUUCUUUUACUAUGUUGUUUUGCAAGGAUACUGGUUUGUGUUUUCUUUUCUUCCAGAAGCAUAUGGGGUAGAUACUUGAAUAUGGACAAUAAAAUGGACUGGAGAAUUCUGAACAAGGAUACAGUGAUGAAAGUUCAGAUUCCAACGACAGUACACUGAAAGCUUGACACUGCAAAGGAGCUGACUCCAGGCUGAAGAACACACCUCAACAGAGCCUGUCAGGUUGGUGGAAGGAGCCAGCCGCUGUGCAGGAACACUGGAGCUGAAACAUCAGGGAGAAUGGAGACCAGUGUUUGUCUAUCCCUGGACCCUAAAGACAGCAGCUCCUACCUGCAGAGAGUUGGACUGUGGCUCUGUUGUUUCUGUAGAAGAGAGAGAAGACUCCUCAGACAGAUCUGGAUCAGGUCUGACUGUGUUGAGUCUGGAUCUGCUAUGAGGGAGUGUGCAACAUCAGGUUCCUCUUCCUCCAUCCUCUAUCUCAGCUGCUCAGACUCUGUCAGACUGGUGAAUGGGACCAGUUUGUGCUCAGGCAGACUGGAGGUGAAGACUAACCAGUCUACCCAGCGCUGGUCCUCAGUGUGUGGAGAUGACUUUGACCAGCAGGAUGCAGAGGUGGUCUGUAGGGAGCUUGGCUGUGGGGCUCCUUCAGUCCUCCAGGGGGCACUCUAUGGAGAAGUGGAGCCUCCAAUGAGGACCAAAGAGUUCCAGUGUGGAGGCCAUGAGUCUGCUCUCCUGGAUUGUAGUAGCUCAGGCUCAGAUAGAAACACCUGCUCACCUGGAAAAGCUGUUGGACUCACCUGCUCAGAGCCUGAUGCUGUCAGGUUGGUGGGAGGAACCAGUCACUGUACAGGAACACUGGAGCUGAAAUAUCAGGGAGAAUGGAGACCAGUGGGUCACUUUGACUGGCCCCUGAAGGAAGCAGCUGCUGCCUGCAGAGUGUUGGACUGUGGCUCUGCUGUUUCUGUAGGAGGGAGAAAAGAGUCCUCAGUCAGAUCUGUGUGGAUCAUUUGGUCUGACUGUGUUCUGUCUGGAUCUGCGCUGAGGGAGUGUGCAACAUCAGAUUCCUCUCGCUCCAUCCUGAAUCUCACCUGCUCAGACUCUGUCAGGCUGGUGAAUGGGACCAGUCUGUGCUCAGGUAGGCUGGAGGUGAACACUAACCAGUCUACCCAGCGCUGGUCCUCAGUGUGUGAAGAUGACUUUGACCAGCAGGAUGCAGAGGUGGUCUGUAGGGAGCUUGGCUGUGGGGCUCCUUCAGUCCUCCAGGGGGUGCUCUAUGUAGAAGUGGAUCCUCCAAUGAGGACCAAAGAGUUCCAGUGUGGAGGCCAUGAGUCUGCUCUCCUGGACUGUAGAAGCUCAGGCUCAGAUAGAAACACCUGCUCACCUGGAAGAGCUGUAAGGCUGACCUGCUCAGAGCCUUUCAGGUUGGUGGGAGGAGACAGUCACUGUGCAGGAACACUGGAGCUUAAACAGGUAGAAUGGAGACCAGUGUUUGUUCAUCCCUGGACCCUGAUGACAGCAGCUGCUGCCUGCAGAGAGUUGGACUGUGGCUCUGCUGUUUCUGUAGGACAAAGAAAAAAGUCCUCAGUCAGAUCUGUGUGGAGGAUCAGGUCUGACUGUGUUCUGUCUGGAUCUGCUCUGAGGGAGUGUGCAGCAUCAGGUUCCUCUUCCUCCAUCCUGAAUCUCAACUGCUCAGACUCUGUCAGGCUGGUAAAAGGGACCAGUAUGUGCUCAGGCAGACUGGAGGUGAAGACUAACCAGUCUAGCCAGCACUGGUCCUCAGUGUGUGAAGAUGACUUUGACCAGCAGGAUGCAGAGGUGGUCUGUAGGGAGCUUGGCUGUGGGGCUCCUUCAGUCCUCCAGGGGGCACUCUAUGGAGAAGUGGAGCCUCCAAUGAGGACCAAAGAGUUCCAAAAGCUGUUGGACUCACCUGCUCAGAGCCUGUCAGGUUGGUGGGAGGAGACAGUCGCUGUGCAGGAACACUGGAGGUGAAACAUAACAAAGAAUGGAGACCAGUGGGUGGCUAUUACUCUGACUGGCCCCUGAAGAUAGCAGCUGCUGCCUGCAGAGAGUUUGACUGUGGCUCUGCUGUUUAUG